CCUCUUUAUUACUAGUGGUCCCCAUCCAUCAUUAGGCCUGCUAUACCCCUAAAACGAAGGAGCAGUGUUGGGCGUCUGCAGUUGUGCAAGUAGUAAAGAUGGCGACUCUGUACACUCCCCGUGAUUUCUGGAGGUCUUACCCAAUCCUCAUCUCGGCUCAGUAUAGCGGGGCCCGGAUAACGGUGGACCCUUCCUUCCCUGGCUUUAAAGGGGAGGACAGCAGGGAGACGGACUGCUUCCUGUCUGACUUCCCUCUAAGAAAGGUACCUACUUUUGUGGAAAAUGGCUUCUGGAUCCAGGAGGCCAGUGCCAUUGCUAAUUAUGUGGCCAGUGAUGUGCUUCGUGGAAGCGGCCCUCAGGACCAGGCCUUGGUGCAGCAGUGGGUCAAUCUCGCCGAGGGGGAGAUCGUUCCCUCCAUGGCCACCUGGGUCUACCCAGCAAUGGGCAGGGCCGCCUACAGCGAGAAGGCCAGCGAGAAGGCGAAGGAGGUGCUCCUGGGACUCCUUUCUGUGCUCAACCAGCACCUCCUCCCGCGGACCUACCUGGUUGGAGAUGCGGUAACGCUGGCGGACAUCUCUGUGGCCUGCGCCCUCCUCCUGCUCUUCACACAGGCGAUGGAACCCUCGAUGCGGCAGGUGUACCUGAACGUGACGCGCUGGUUCUGCACCUGUGUCCACCAGCCCCAGUUUCACGCCGUGCUUGGGGACGUGGUGCUGCGUGAGACUGCAGCAGUCCCAGGGAAGCUUGACGCUACCCCAGCAAGCUCUGAGAUCCUGAAGGCCCCCCAGCAGGAGGAAGUGAGUGUGAAGCAGCAGCAGCAGCAGGAGGAGGUGCCGCAGCAGCAGCAGGCAGAGGAGCAGAAGCAGCAACAAGUGGAGGAGCAGGAGGACCAGAAGCAGCCGCAGGUGGGGGAGGAGCAGAAGCAGCCGCAGGUGGGGGAUGAGCAGAAGCAGCCUCAGGUGGAGGAGGAGCAGAAGCAGCCGCAGGUGAAGGAGGAGCAGAAGGAGCAGCCGCAGGUGAAGGAGGAGCAUAAGGAGCAGCCGCAGGUGGUAGAGGAUCAGAAGCAUCUGCAGGAGAAGCCACAGGUGAAGGGGGAGCAGAAGGAGCAGCCGCCGGUAGAGGAGGAGCAGAAGCAGCAGCCGCAGGUGGAGGAGGAGCAGAAGCAGAAGCAGCCGCAGGUGGAGGAGGAGCAGAAGCAGAAGCAGCCGCAGGUGGUAGAGGAUCAGAAGCAGCCGCAGGUGGAGGAGGGCCUGGAUGCUACUGAAGAAGCUCUAGCAGCUGAACCCAAAGCCAAAGACCCCUUUGCCUCUCUGCCCAAGAGCUCCUUUGUGCUGGACGAGUUCAAGCGGACGUACUCGAACGAGGACACCCUGAAGGUGGCGCUGCCGUACCUGUGGGAGAAACUGGACCCCAAUGGCUGGUCCCUCUGGUACUGCGAGUACAAGUACCCUAGUGAACUGAGUCGGGUGUUCAUGAGCUGUAACCUCAUCACAGGAAUGUUCCAGAGGCUGGACCGCCUGCGUAAGCAUGCCUUUGCCAGCGUGGCCCUGCUGGGUGCGGACGGCGAUAGCUCCAUCUCCGGCGUCUGGCUCCUCCGCGGGCAGCGGCUGCCCUUCGAGCUGUGUGAGGACUGGAAGGCGGACUACGAGUCCUACUCCUGGAGGAAGCUGGACCCUGGCAGCGAGGAGACCCGCACCUUGGUGAGGGAAUACCUGAGCUGGCAGGGAGACUUCAAGCAUGUGGGCAAGACUUUCAACCAAGCCAAGAUCUUCAAGUGAAGCUCCAAUGAUAUGCACCUCCAACCAGAGAAGCAGUGCCUUUGUGUGGCGUAUUGUCCGGGAUUACCCAGCCUGCCCUGCUGUAAUGCUUGCCUGAGCAGAAUAUUACACAGGUCCUUGUCAUGGUAUGCCACAGUGUGUGAUUUGUGUCAUGGAUUGUAGAUCUAGUCGGUUUGAUUUUUGCUGCUGUGUUCUCUGGUCAAGGUCAGAGCAUAAACGGCAAGUGAAUUCCCCCCUGAUGGUCACAUGACCCUCAGAUUUGACGCUGAUGUUUUGUAUGUAUUAAGUGCUGAAAGACCUGAAGCAACUUCUCAGCCCUGACCGUCAUGUAACUGAAUGUCCUCUUCCACUGCUGUGUUAAUAAAGUGAAACUGUAUUGGGCUGUA